AUGGACAAGAUGUCGAGAUCAUUAGACUCUUCAAUGGAUCUUUUCGAUGACCACCACAUCUUCCAUCUUUUCCCCAUGAAUCCUCAUCUUGUUGGCUAUGGUGAGAGUUUGUGCGAAGAAAUCCUAACAACUUCUAACACGUACUUGUACUGUGUUUUGGCCAAUCCCAGCCCUAACCGGAAUCGGGGCGAUCCCACUAUAAAUAAAAGGAACCCAGACCCCCCAUCCCAGCGUCCAACAAUCGAUUAUCAAAUCCCUGAUUCUAGAAGUCCCAAUCGCUCGCGAUCUCGAUCUGCAAUCUCAGCCUCCGCCACGGCGUCAGGGUCACGCUUCCGCUUUAAGACCUCACUCUCAAAGCCAGAGUCAGACGAACCUCUGUAUGCACCUGAAGGCUGCUACCUCGAGGCAGGCCCUGACGCACCUGUCUCUGUGUGCAUAACUGAAAACCCUAAUUUUCAGAAUUGGAGGGAAACGGGGCUGCCGCCGAUAUUGCCCGGGGCGGAUGUUCCUUGGUGGCAGGAUGCCUCUUUACCAGUUGGACCGCAGCCAUCGCUUGCCGAUGCCCUCUAUGAUGAAAAAACCGAACGGCUUAGUGUAAGGAGAAUGAUUGCCGGUGCUUUGUCCAGGGUAUCGAAGGAAGUUGGUGAAAGCUUUAGGGAUUCUGUCAAUGCAUUUGACCCUCGUAAAGUUGCUGCUCAAGUGGAAUCUGUGCUCUUUGAUAACUGGGGUUUUCGCGAUGAGUCGAAUUAUGAUAAGUAUGAAGCUAUAAUACACUUCCUGAUCCUGGAUGAAAUCAAGGAGUUCCGCAGACAAGUCCUUGUUGAGGAGAUUCCGCCGGAGAUGCUGCUCAACAUGUCCUUUGAACAGCUGCAGCAGAGGUACCCGCAGACGCGCAGUUAUCUUGACUACAUUGCUCCCAAGUAAAACUGUGGCUGGCAAUAUCCAUCCCGUGGAAUUGAAGUUGUGUUCUGGCCAUUUGCUGGUUGGAUCACUUUAUAAGUGAAGAGGAAGAGGAGGAGUGCUUGUGUACUUAUUUUUUAUUUUAUUUUUUUUAUGUUUAAUGACGCUUGCAUAACUAAGAGGCAAUAACUAUGCUCCAGAAAUUUUCCUAGACAAUACCAGAUACGUAAGAUUUUUUUUUUAA